AUGGCGAACAACUCUUUGUCGCGCAGAUCUAACAUUGAUUCCACACUUAAUGCUAUUCGCCUCUAUGAGGUCAUCAUCUGGACCGAAAAAACCGAAACGAAAGACAGGAAGCCGAUCUUGAGUAUGGUCGACGAGCACUUUGCAUCCUUCGAGGGCCGCGUUUCGAUCCAGCUCUCGGUCAAGAAAGACAGAAUGGACGGCAUCGACCAUAUCCCCAUCGACCAUAUCCCCAUCGACCAUAUCAUUGUGCUUUGGGGUCACGAUAAGAAUGAUCAGGGAGAACUGGGCCAUAUCGAAGACGCAUUCAAACACCAAGUUUACACGAGAAUAGCUAAUGUCUUCCACUCGUCCAGAAACGACAGAGGACAUUUGAUUCAGAAACCUCUGUCAUACCUGCGUCUUCAGUCUGUCAAUCUUGUGCCAGGCAACCCAGAGCAUCACUUUUUAGAAAAACUCCAAUUCUUACUGCAGGAUCUCAUUCCUCCUGCAUCAUCAACCAGCCCGAUUGGUCACGAAUUACAGAGGAGAAUUAUUGGCAAAUGCAAGAACGCGCCUACACAUCAGGAGCCGGAGAAUGCUAAACCUGUGUCAGUCGAUCAAGGUGGAUUUAUCCCCCUAUUUUAUGUCAUGCACCCAAAGCUCGAUCCCACGCAAGAUCGUCAACUGCGUUGCGAGGUCUCUGUCUCUCCCGGUCUGGAACACGUUACGGUUUUGUGUAACCCUGUCCGAAGCAUAUUUGGUGAGCUCCUCCUUGGCUCUGAUUGGGCAAGAGACGUCAGCACUAUACGAUCGAUGCUUGUGGGCCUUGAGGUCACUCGUAUCUACGACCCCAAGGUAACACAGGGUCCCAGAUGCCGCAUCUGGGAUAUCCGGAAUCCUGACAAGGUCCGAUGGUUCCAAGUGAACGGGAAAGGUCCCUACAUCUCUGUCGAGACAUAUUUCAACGAACAUCUUGGACAAUCACUCCUUUACCCUGGAUACCCGUACGCCCAGAUAGGACCCAAAGCAUGGGUCCCUCUUGAGAAGCUUACCACUUGUGGAGAUCAAUUGUUACGCUGUCCAGGCCUAAUGAAUGAACGCAUCACUUCCUUGAUCAGGGAUACUCCGUGCCUCGAAAACGUAAAAGAGCAACAAAACAUGCUGGGGCAUGUCUUUGGCUGCCUUAGGAAGACUGGGCAGUGGAAGCAUUCGAUCCCUCAUUCACCUUCUUUCACGCCAAGAUUGACACCUGCGUCGAACAGCCCUUUUGGAGAAAAGAAGUCUGUUACACGAGCGCAAUUGCCAGUUGGAGCCGGCAACGUAACGAUCAAGGCAGGUAUUCUGUACGUAGCAUCGAAUUUCCCAGGAACUGAUCACGAUGCGUUCAUCAGAUCACUUUCAGGCAGGCUCUUCAGCAACAAUCAAAUCGGGGAGGCUGAUCCGAUUGUCAGGAUUGAUCCAGACUUUAGGGGACACAUACUUACGAUGACAGAUACGAAGCAACUCACCAAUACAGAGUGGAUGACAAAAACGAAGGUGCCAGACUUGGAGCUUUUCAGAACCAAACGCCCAAAUAGCAUCAUUGCCGUCGUCGACCAAACAGGGAGAAGUCCUCAGGAUUACCUAGACAUUUGUGCAGAUUUGCAGGAAUUUGGCAACAGGAAACUCGGUGCUGUGAUCAUCUGCGUAUGCAGAAGAACAGUCGAAGCGCAGCUCAUCCGGCACAAGGAGAACGCAGAGCACUUUCCCCAUCUCUUGUUACAGCGUCUGCGUGCUAUGCAUGGCGAAGCAAAUUUCAAGAGAGAACCGUGUCAAGGUCUUUCAGUACAACCGACCUCUGAGAAAGCACCUUUGUUAGUCCUUGGCGGGUACCUAUCCCAUCCGCCUGCUGACUCGGCCAAACAUUGUCCCUCUGUCGCUACACUUGUAGCAAACCUGGACUUGGCCAUGGUGAAUUGGCCAGGCGAAGCACGAUUGCAACCAGCAUGGGAAGACCCCAUGACCGUAAGAAACGACCCCAAGCAAUGUCUACCAGCAGAGAUGCGCGACCUUGAAGAAAUGGUAGCUAGUCGCCUAGAUGCAUGGACUUUCGGUAAGCCAAGAAUUGUGUUUUAUCCUCACGGCCUCGACGGCUGCCCUAAGGACAUCACCAAAGACAUUGUCCAAGCCGAACACAAAGCUAUUAGGGAAGCCAUGACAAAGCAAUGGCAAGGGCCAGUGGAUUUGACAUACAUUCUGGUCCAUCACAAGCAAACCUACCCGUUGGGUUUCGUGAAGUCAGCAGGGACGGUAACUGGAAGUUUGGACAUGGAAAGUUCCAACAAGUACGAUUAUGACGUCAUGUAUACCUCCAGCAGCGAGAACACCAUGAUCUGUUCAGAGCUCCAGCAUUUGACCAGGAACUUGAAUCAGAGCUACCAACAGAGCAACAACGGAACAAUUGCAAUCGUGUUGCCUGUUCACUACGCCAAAAAGCUCGCCUCUCGUACCUUCGAAUACAUCCGCUUUGCCAAGACGAACAGAUUCGACGCGGUGCCAUCUGAGCAACACCGCUUGUACUUUGCAGGAAACCAAGCGGAACUAGGGAUGUGUCAGAUGUUGAAUAACUAUCUUCUGGGAUUCAAAUCGCCCAUUGUGAGCAUGCAAGCCACCGCCCCCACCGCCCAAGUGCCACCUCCGCGCCGCAAGAACCCUUGGCACCCGGAUCUCGACAAGAAAAUGUUCUACCUCUAA